AUGUUCAGUGGCUCUGAUUCCUGCUGUGGAAGAGUGGAGAUCAUUCACAAUGGCCAGUGGGGAACUGUGUGUGAUGACAACUGGGACAUAACAGAUGCUGAUGUUGUGUGCAAACAAUUAAACUGUGGCAGAGCCAUCAGCGCCCCUCACAGUGCAGCAUUUGGUCAGGGAAGUGGACUGAUCUUGCUGGAUGAUGUUGGAUGCUUUGGAAAUGAGAAUACCCUUACACAGUGCUCACACAGAGGUCUGGGAAAACAUAACUGUAAUCAUGGUGAAGACACUGGUGUUGUGUGUACAGGUGAUCUGCAGAUGCCCACCCUUUCCAUUAUCUCUCCACAUUCAGUUGUUUCUCCUGGAGAAAACAUUCAGUUCAGAUGCACAACACCUAAUCCAAGAUGGCGGGAAAAUGCUGAAUUCCACCUGUUUAGAAACAGAUCAUCCACAAUAUCCUCUCAAACAAGUGUAUCUAGUGUGACUUUCAGUCUGACUGCAGACGUCUCACAUCAGGAUCAGUACAGCUGUGGUUACUUUUACAGGAAUGACAUCAUCAAGUCUUCCAGGAGUAACACUAUUAAAAUUACUGUAGUGAACCUGCAGAAGCCCAAUAUUUCUCUCAGUGGAUUGUUUGACUUUGGUCCUCAGGGUUCAGUGGUCGCAAGAGGUCACAACUUCACUAUUACUUGUUCAUCUGAAUCUCAGUAUUCUGGAGGCUUCUUCUCUCUGUUCAGUGGAUGAAACAUCACCAGGAAUGAACCAGCUGUCAGUCAUUCAGCCAUCUUCAUCUUUCCUGAGGCAGAUUAUUCACAUGAGGGAAACUACAGUUGUGUUUAUGUUGUAAAUGUGUCCUCACGUAAUUUCCAUUCAGAUUUGUCUGACCUGCUGCUCACAACUAUACGAGGUGACUUAUGGAUGUUUUAAUAUUGUCUAACCAUCUGUGAAGCUUAAGCUGUCCUAUAAACACAUAACAUGUAAUCCAUGAUUUAACAAGUGACAAAGUGUUAUUAAUUACUUUAUAAUUUCUGC